AUGGCGCAGUCUUGUGUACCCUGCUAUGAGCGUCCACGUAAUUUUCAAUGGUAUUGGAAAUCAUUUGAUGAGACAUGGGAAGAAUAUUUGGAUGUUGAAAAUGAAAUUAUUGAAGAUGCUCACAAUGAAAAACAGGAGUAUGUCGACAUUGACGGUGGUUAUACGAUUAAUUUGAAACAGCAGGUUCAACAGAAAAAGAACUCCCAUGAGCGAUGGCCAAUGAAACGCGAUCAGUUUGAUAAACACCUUACAAAUGUACAAUUGAGAGAAGAUAGAUUUUCAUCUCCGAUAACAAUUUCUACUUCAACAACAAUAACGACAACAUGUUCCGAUCAAAAAAUGUUAGGAGCAGAUGAUUUACUGAAAUAUUGGCUGAACGAAGGUUCGCUUGAUGAUAUUUAUCGAGAGCUUGAAAAUGCUGAUAAUAAGAAAACAAUUAGUGACCUAAUCCAAGAGGCUUCGAGUGGAAUAAUUGAAGAAGGAAUUGCAAUCGGAGAAGCAGAAAAAGCGCGAUGGUUAGCACGACAAUUAAAUAACGUGAAAAACUAUGGUGAAAAUAUACAAUUUGGUCCUAAUGCUAUUCCAUCGGAAAUUGGUAAGACUCUGGUUUAUCUCUAUACGCGAGAGACAUUUUGGUAUAAACUAAUCAAUAGCGUUAUUCGAGAUCUCUCAACGAUGACACGAAAAAAAGUUAACACGAUCGGUCCGUUUUGCGUUUUAUUACGUUCAUAUAUAAACGACCAAGGUGAUAAUUCAUUUCCUUCGAUUGUAUAUCGUGGUAUCACUCUAACCGAUGAAGAACGAAAAAAUUUCAUGAAGAAGGAGAUGCGAUUUACCACAUUUACAUCGACAAGUAAAAAUCGAAAAUUAGCUGAAAUUUAUGGAAAUACUUUACUUAUUAUCGAUCUCAACGUAAAGGAGAAGCGCCAUGGCAGUUUGAUUAACAUUGGACGCGACAUUUCAGGGAUUUCUAACUUUCCGGAAGAAGAAGAAUACUUAAUUAUUCCCAGGAGUAUAUUCAAUUUUGAAAACUACGACUACGAUGAAUCGGAACAAUUAAAAAGACAUAUUAUAUAUCUUAAGGGAUCAAGCGAAAAUAAUUUACAAGUCUCUCUAGUCAACCCCGGUCGUUUGAUGGGAAAACAUGGGCGAGUAUUAUACAAUCAAAAACGCACCUAA